AUGGUUACACUGGUAGUGUAAUAUUUGUUAUUUAGGUUUAUUUUUUGAGCAUAUGUUAUUAAUCAUCGAAAUGGUGCAUGUAUAGUAUUUGCACAGCUGGCACGAGUUAAGGUUGUGCCACCAAUCAGCAGCAUAACUUCACGUUCACUAAAACACAGACGCAGCGGCACGCGACUUUUUGUAUAAUGUAAACAAACUUCCCGAGACAUAACCCAAGCAAAACGCUGUCUUCAGUAUUUGUUGUUGGGACUGCUGUUGAUCAGCUAAUAUUAUGCAAAAACAAGUUUUGCGCGGUUAUUGAACCUAUGACACUUGACUUUGCCGGCUAGAACGCCCGAGGCGUGAUUAUUUGGCAGCUUAGUUCACAUCGGCGUUUGAACGUGUCAGCCAAUUCAGUUCGAACCUUAAGCCAAACGGUGCAGAGCACACAGCCGGAACACAGAAAUAGCCACAUGUACGUUUACAAGAUGAGCAAUCGCGCACCGGAGCUGAUUAUAUGCUCCUUUAUAAUCGCCAGCUUGCUGGUGAUACACUUCUUCACGGACCUGUUGCGUGUCACGCUGGCGGGCACCUAUGCGCUGGAUGUGACACUGUCGCAGCUUAUAGAAGCACAGUCCAAGGACUAUGCAUGGCUGCUUAAGCUGCUAGUCAACUGUUUCGGUUACAGCUGCGUCUUCGUGCCCGGCUAUCUCAUCUACAAAUAUGUGCAGCGCACUAAUUACCUCGAACGCGGCAAUAAGACGUUCCUGCACACAGCCGUCAAUAUGUGCAUCACGGGCAAUACCAGCUACGAGGCAGUGGAUGUUAUUCACGUAGGCAGUAGCAGCGGCAUCGGUGGGAUAACGGACCGUGAACGUCCAAGCAAACGCACCAGUUCCCAGGAGGCCGUGCAGCUGCUUUGGUGCUUUGGCGGUCUUAUGGUCUCCUAUUUAACCUGGGGUGUGCUGCAGGAGAAGAUUAUGACGCAAAAUUAUCUGAAUUUCGCUGGCGAGAGUGCCAAGUUUAAGGACUCGCAGUUUUUAGUCUUUGCCAAUCGCCUGCUGGCCUUCUUCGUGGCACUCUUCUAUCUGCAAUGGCAGCCUGCCCCGACGCGACAUCGCGCCCCUCUGUACAAGUAUUCGUAUGCCUCGUUCUCGAAUAUCAUGAGUGCCUGGUUCCAGUAUGAGGCUCUCAAGUUUGUCAACUUUCCAACACAGGUGCUGGCCAAAUCCUGCAAAAUCAUACCCGUAAUGCUGAUGGGCAAAAUCAUGUCCAAAGCCAAGUAUGAAUCGUAUGAAUAUGUGACGGCCGUGCUCAUCUCCUUGGGCAUGAUAUUCUUUAUGAGCGGCUCCUCCGAAAACAACAAGGUCAGCGGUGUGACCACCUUGACGGGCAUCUUUCUGCUCUCCAUGUACAUGGUGUUCGACAGCUUCACGGCCAACUGGCAGGGCUCGCUUUUCAAGAGCUACGGCAUGAGCUCAAUCCAAAUGAUGUGCGGCGUCAAUUUGUUCUCGUCCAUCUUCACUGGCGCCUCGCUUUCGAUGCAGGGCGGCUUUAUGGACUCCCUGGCGUUUGCUACAGAGCAUCCCAAGUUUGUCUUCGACAUGGUUGUUCUAUCCAUAUGCUCUGCGGUCGGCCAAUUGUUUAUUUAUCACACAAUUGAUGUGUUUGGCCCAGUUGUGUUUACCAUCAUAAUGACAGUUCGCCAGGCUGUUGCCAUCAUGCUUUCCUGCUUCAUUUAUCAACACAGCAUUUCGGUGCUGGGCAUCUUUGGAGUGCUCAUCGUUUUUCUGGCCAUCUUUUUGCGCGUGUACUGUAAUCAGAAAUUGCGGGCGAAACGCAAGCGUGCCGAGGCGAACAAGCCCAGAACAGCUGUGUAAUUAGCGUGCAGUUUAAUUCUGGUUGAAUUUCCAAAGCUGAUCCCAUCUUAGUUAUAGGCAACCUAUGAAUAUCCAGACUUUUGUUUAACAUGCGCAGCUAGCCGAAUAUUCCUAAUUGUAUAGUUAUGUUUUGUAGUUCUAAGUCAACCAGUAGAUACCAACCAAGUCUCGAGGCUUCAAAAAAAAUUGUAUAUGUGUGCUUAAAUUAAUGUAAAUGUAAUAUUAUUGCAAUUGUCAACGUAAAAA